AACAUUGAAGCUUACCUACAUAGGUUCAAGACUAGGUACAUUCCAAAUUACCAAAAUUACCAACUACCAACUCCAAGACUACGUCAAAGGGUCUAGAUCACGAAACUCAUCUGCUAUCGGUUUCGCAAUCUAUUUCUUUGCACGAUUGUUGUCGGCAAUUCCUCGUUCGCAGACGUUCGCAGACACAGACAUUGAAUUCUCGAUUCCCCGCCGAUCACCCCGCUGAAGGUUGACUGCGCCAUACUCCGUUUUGCUGUUUGUCAAGGCAAUUAGUUCUGUUUUAUUCGCCUAUACAGCCUAGGCAAUGGGUUCCAACCGCGUUGCCGUCCCGAAGCCGGGACCGGCCAAGUUAACUCCGGGAUCUGGAUUAGAUGAAUGGCUGGAGCAAGCAAAACAAUGCCGAUAUCUCCCAGAGCCAGUAAUGAAGGAGCUUUGCGAAAUGGUCAAAGAAGUCUUGAUGGAAGAAUCCAACAUACAGCCCGUUGUUACUCCGGUCACUAUCUGUGGAGAUAUUCAUGGCCAAUUCUAUGAUCUUCUAGAGCUUUUCCGCGUUAGCGGUGGCAUGCCAGGCGAACCUGCUACCGAACUCCCUGCGACCUCGACUUCAGUAAUCACGUCUGCAGAUAUCGAACCACCUACCGAGAUUACCAACCCUAAGCUAAAGAAGAAAAUAAAGAAGCCCAAGAAUACACCUGGAGAGGUACCGAGCUUGCCUGGUGAUGAGUCUACGAACUCUGUCAACGUUGAAGAGGAAGAAGAGGAAGGAAACGAGUCAGGACUUUCUCCGCGCAACUCCUCAGAUGCUUCUCCACCAGUUACCAAUGCCGAUACUCGCUUCGUGUUUCUGGGAGACUUUGUCGACCGAGGCUACUUUAGUCUUGAGACAUUCACAUUACUCAUGUGUCUAAAGGCCAAAUAUCCGGACCGAAUUGUUCUUGUUCGUGGAAAUCACGAAUCUCGACAGAUUACACAGGUAUACGGAUUCUAUGAAGAAUGUCAGCAGAAGUAUGGAAAUGCGUCGGUUUGGAAGUCUUGCUGCCAAGUGUUUGAUUUCCUGGUCCUAGCCGCUAUCGUGGAUGGCGAAAUACUUUGUGUCCAUGGAGGACUGAGCCCAGAAAUUCGCACCAUCGAUCAGAUUCGCGUGGUAGCCAGGGCGCAGGAGAUUCCUCAUGAGGGAGCCUUCUGUGAUCUUGUUUGGAGCGACCCCGAAGAGGUAGAGACGUGGGCUAUUAGCCCCCGAGGCGCGGGAUGGCUUUUUGGAGACAAGGUGGCUACAGAAUUCAACCACGUCAACGGCUUGAAGUUGAUCGCUCGUGCCCAUCAGCUCGUCAACGAGGGUUACAAGUACCACUUCCCACAAAACUCUGUGGUUACCGUCUGGUCAGCUCCGAACUACUGCUACCGCUGCGGAAAUGUGGCUUCGAUUAUGUCAGUGGAUAAGAACCUCGACCCGAAGUUUAGUAUCUUCUCGGCGGUUCCUGACGAUAUGCGACACGUGCCUGCGGGGCGACGCGGACCGUCUGAUUACUUCUUAUAAUUCAUUGUCACUAAAUGGCGAUUGCAAAUUUUGCGUCACGAAGUUUCA